GUGCGGCUCCGAGGGAAGAAUAACCUGUAGUCCUCGCCUAGAUCUGUACUAGUGACCCCCCUGACCCGUCCCCAACGGACAAAAACGACCUGGAGACUUGGGGAUUUCCGGGUCCCAGGACCCCACCCUCACACUCCGCACCAGUCCCCCCGCGAAGGGUCUGGGGUCGCCCUCCAGGUGCCCGCGGACGCAGGGCGUGGUCAGAAGGUGAAGUCCAGGGAGCUCCCCUCUAGGUUGAUGAUCUGGUUUCUCAUCCGCUCCUCCCCCAAGCCCGGUCGCUGUUAAAUCUGGCUGGCCCAGGGCUAAGCCCGGCUCCCCAGCCAGGGCUGGAUGCUAGGGGUGGUGCAAGGGAAGGUGCUCGCCCUCCUCCGGCCCGGCCAGGUAGUGGGCGACCUCGCUCCCUCCUAAAUGUUGCGCGGAAGUCCUUGGCUCUGGACGGUAAAGCCAUCGAAGACCUGCGGGCCUGCAUAGCACCUUGAUCCAACAUCCCUAAUCCUGCCAUCUCCCUUUGGGGUGGCGUGAAGAUUGCUGCUGGCGAGGCCGAGUGACUUGCCCUAGGUUACAGAAUUUAAAUGGCAAAACUUCAGUUCCAUGCAGGCUCCUGGGAAAGCUGGUGCUGCUGCUGCCUGAUUCCGGCCGACAGACCUUGGGACCUGGGCGGGCACUGGCGACUGGAGAUGGCAGACACAAGAUCCGUGCACGAAACCAGGUUUGAGGCGGCGGUGAAGGUGAUCCAGAGUUUGCCGAAAAAUGGUUCAUUCCAGCCAACAAAUGAGAUGAUGCUCAAGUUCUAUAGUUUCUAUAAGCAGGCAACAGAAGGACCCUGUAAAUUUUCAAGGCCUGGAUUCUGGGAUCCUAUUGGAAGAUAUAAAUGGGAUGCUUGGAGUUCAUUGGGUGAUAUGACCAAAGAGGAAGCCAUGAUUGCAUAUGUUGAAGAAAUGAAAAAGAUACUUGAAACUAUGCCUAUGACUGAGAAAGUGGAAGAAUUGCUGCAUGUCAUAGGUCCAUUUUAUGAAAUUGUAGAGGACAAAAAAAGUGGCAGAAGUUCUGAUUUAACUUCAGUCCGAUUGGAGAAAAUUUCUAAAUACUUAGAAGAUCUGGGUAAUGUACUAACUUCUACUCCAAAUGCCAAAACUGUUAAUGGUAAAGCGGAAAGCAGUGAUAGUGGAGCUGAGUCUGAAGAAGAAGAGACCCAAGAGGAAGUGAAAGGAGCAGAACAAAAUGAUAAUGAUAAAAUGACGAAAUCCACAGACCAUAAGAAUUUGGAAAUUGUCACUAAUGGCUAUGAUAAAGACAGUUUUGUUCAGGAUGUACAUAAUGACAUUCAGGUCACUUCUCUGAAAGACAGAAGUGCUGAAGAAGUUAAAUCAGUAGACCAAAACUUGGAGAAAACUAGAAAAACUGUCUCUACCCACCAAGAUGUGAAUGAUGACUAUAUUGAAGAUGUUUCAGGAAUUCAGCAUUUGACAAGUGAUUCUGACAGUGAAGUUUACUGUGAUUCCAUGGAGCAAUUUGGACAAGAAGAGCCUCUAGACAGCUUUACAUCCAACAAUGGACCAUUUCGAUACUGCUUGGGUGGUAACCCCAAACAGCCCUUGGAAAAUCCUGUUUUUUCUGGAAAUGUUCAAGUGUCUUCUGGAAGUGGCAACUGUGAAGAUAUGCACAUGAUAGCAGUUGAAGGGAAAGGUGAAGUAAAACAUGGAGGAGAAGAUGGCAGAAGUAACAGUGGAGCACCACACCGUGAGAAACGAGGUGGAGAAAAUGAGGAAUUCUCUAAUGUCAGAAGGGGGAAAGGGCAUAGGAUGCAACAUUUGAGUGAAGGAACUAAAAGUCGGCAAAUGGGAAGUGGAGGUGAUGGGGAACGCUGGGGUUCAGACAGAGGGUCAAGAGGCACCCUCAAUGAGCAGAUUGCUCUUGUGCUCAUGCGGUUGCAGGAGGACAUGCAGAAUGUCCUUCAGAGACUUCACAAACUGGAAACACUAACAGCUUCACAGGCAAGAGCAUCAACAUUACAUACUAGUGAUCAGUCCUCACAGAGACCAUCUUGGUGGCCCUUUGACAUGUCUCCUGGUGCAUUAACUUUUGCUAUCAUAUGGCCUUUUAUUGCUCAGUGGUUGGUGCAUUUAUAUUAUCAAAGGAGGAGAAGAAAAUUGAACUGAAGAAAAUGGUAUUUUGCUCAAGAAGACUACUGGGCCUGGAUGACCUUGGAAUGAAAUGGAUUGUGAAAUUCACAAGAAAAUCUUAGUUUGUGAUGACUGCGUUUCUUUUGUUGUCUAGUAGAUUGAUUUGUGUACAUACAUACAUACAUAUUUUGCACUACACAAAUGAUAACAUUUUAAGGACUAAUAUUGCUGAUACUUGAAUAAUCAAUCUCAACUAGGUUAUAAGUAGCAUACUUAGAUUUACCCUACCCUUGAACUUGAAGGAUGUUAAAUUAUUAAUUAUUGUUUGGUAACAUGUUUUACCUGAUUAUCUCCCAUACAGAAAUAUAAGCUGCUUUUCCAGAUACAGUUGUGAUGAGAUCAGAUUUAUAACUGGACAUUUUUAAUUUUCUACAUUAAAUAUAAGAAAGAAUGCAAACCAGGAGUGAAUUUCAAGUGAGAUUAAAUCAACUAUAGCUUAGUCACUAAAUUACCAUGCCAAGGAGUAGAAAACUACUGUAAGAAUCUUUUCCAUAUCCACUCUGUGGGCUGCCCCUAAUUCUUUCUUGGGCUUUCACAACUCUGACUUUAGUAUUCAGGCAUCAUUACUAUAAAGUACAACCUGGUGUACUAGGCUUAAUUUUUACAAAUGAUUCACAACAUACACAAAACCUGCUGGAAAUGAUGAAGAAUAGAAUUAAAGUAGGUUUGACAAGUGUAUACUGAGCCUGCAGAUCAUUAAUAAGAUCUUUAUUCAAUCAUAUACAUUUAUUCCUUUGUAAUCAUUUUAACUGAGGAUAUCUUGUCUCUGCUUCAUAGGUGCUUUGAAAUAUAAAUGAAAACUUAUUUAUACUGUUUUUAUAAAGGUCAAAAAGGAACAUAUGAAGAUCACUUUUAAGCAAUUGGUAAACUGCGCAGACUGGACUCAACCUCUUAGUGCCUCUGUCUCUUCUUCAUAGUGUAAUAUGUGAGAUAUACCUAUUUCACAGGGGUAGUAAAAGGAUUUGCAAACUAACAGGCCAUAUGAAUAAAGUAUAUCCAACUAAUGGAAAUAGUCCCUCUCCUGUUUUUCCAGUUAGACAUAAAAGACUGUCAUUUAGAUCCUUGAAUGCUUUGUUUAAAAAAAAAUUAUUCUUCCUGUAUGUCUUCCAAAACAAAGGUAUCUCUGAUUUGAAGGACUUGUAGCAAAUAAUUUGUAAGCAUACAUGCUGUGUAUAAUGUUGAGUUUAGCGUCGUGUGUUCAGAGUGUUUUCAAGAGGGAAGUAAUCCAUCUCUAAUAUACAGGAUGGGUCUUGUUUGUCUGAAGAAAAAAAUACAAUUCGCUUUUUUCAUCAUGUAACUUGAUAUUUUUUAUUUUUAAAUCCCACCUUGAUUAAAAUAUGUCUGUCUAAAAGGAUCUAAUAUUUGCUUUUUAAAAACUCCUCUGUUUACUUAGGAGAAUAAAAUGAAGCAAGUACUGAAUUAUAUGUAAAAAUAUAGACUUAUGGAUCAGGGAUUAUUUUUAAAAAAUUAGAUAUCAAUCUGGUACAGAAAAUGGUGGCUUUUCUCUUAAUAAAUAAUAAAAUAAAUACAAAUUAAGUAUGUAAGCAGUUGUGAUUCAUUAUAAGUGGUGGGGAUAACUAAUUCCUAGUGAUAACGAUUUAUAUCCUAAAGUCUUAUUUUAUAGUUUUAAAAACACUUUGCAUACAGUUAUUGAAUAUAAAAGAUAUAAUUAUAGGAUAUAAUAUUACUGCUUUGUUUAACAAGACCCUCAUUUAAAAUUUUCAAUUGACAGCUGUGGUUUUUUUAAUGAUUCACUUCUGUUAAUUGUAAAACUAAGUUAAAAAUAAAAC